AUGCGGCAAAUGGGGGCAGGAAGGUGGUGGGUGGUGGAGACGCAGAGGGACCAGCUCCCCGAGGACCAAGGGCUGAUUGGAGGAGCAGAGCCCGCGGGGAACUUUAUUAAUAUCCAUCUCCUGCCCCCAACAGUUCGAGAAAGGACAGAGCAAAUCAAGCCCUGCCCCACCCCCAUGGGGACCCGAAACGGAGAGCCUGGUUCAGACUGUUGCCAGCGACAUGUCAGCUAUGGUGAUGCUCCCGUACACACGCGCACCGCCAGGGCCAAGAACUGA